ACGUCAGGCGACGAAAAUCCAAAGGAGGAGAGCGAUGGCGAUUCAGUUUCGUCUUCAUGCUCACAGGCAGAUCGUAUGGCGCAUUUACGAGAUCUCCUUGAGAAGACACAGCCGGGUUCCCUGCGCCACAGACAGCUCACGCAGAUGCUGAGGACGGAGAAGCACAAAAAACGGGAAGAAGAAAGGUCACGAGGGGAGCGACGCAGAAAGAGGGCGGACUUCCUUCGCUCCAGGGGCGUAUCAAACGCAAACUUGAGCCUGUUACCUGACGACCUCGACGAUCCCACUCCCAGUCCAAUUACAAGGGAUCUGGAGCGGUAUGACCAAGCACGGGUAGCAGCCGAAGAACAGGCUUGUCGAGAGGCUGCCAGAGAAGCGUUUCAGGGAACGUGGUUGAGAUCCACCGAGAAGGAUUUAAAGCGAUGCUGUGAACGGUACCAGGCUAGUGACGACUUGUCGGAGCGUUCCAUGUUGAAGGCCUACAUAAAGCAAUUGACAGGCAAACUCAGGGACCAUCACGUUUCUCUGGGAACGUUUCGAACUGCCGAGGCUGUGGCGGAACGGAGGAGGGUGUGCACGCUUCUCGGGCUUCUGGACCAGCGCCAACAGUACCUGGUCAUGAGUGUAGCGGAGAGACUGCCACUUGCCAAUCAGGACGGUGACGGUGUUGAUGCCGAAGAACAACAAGAAGAAGAAGACCUGAGUAUCUUGGUGACACCUGUUCCAAGCUCA